AAUUAAGUAUUUGUCUUCAUAUACUCAGAGUUAUCUGUUUCUUUAAACAUCCAAAUAAUAUGAUUUGAAUCUCGUCAUACGAUCAAGAUGAUUUCUGCCACGCAACCAUUGAGCCGUGAUGUGGCUGUCCCGCUCAGUGAUGCGGAACGUGAGAAGAGGAGAGAGGAGGAACCAAAGAAACAAUCUCGGGAGGAAUGGAGGAAGAAGAAGGAGCUGGAGGAAGCAAGGAAGUUGGGGAACGCUCCUGCGGAGGUGGAUGAGGAGGGAAAAGACAUCAACCCCCAUAUACCACAAUAUAUAUCCACGGUCCCCUGGUACGUCGACCCCUCCCAGCGCGCCUCCCUCAAACACCAGCGAUGCCAACCCGAGAAACAAGUGGAGUUCAAUAAAAUGAACGAUUGGUAUCGAAGGGGGGUCGCUGACAAACCAAUCGCUACUAAGUUCAGAAAAGGGGCGUGCGCAAAUUGUGGAGCGAUGACGCAUAAGAAGAGGGAUUGUUUAGAGCGUCCGCGUAGGGUUGGAGCAAAAUACACAGGGGAAGGAAUUGCACCCGACGAACAUUUACAACCGGAUCUUAACCUCGAUUUUGAUGGGAAGAGGGAUCGAUGGAACGGAUACAAUCCGAACCAACACAAGGAGGUCAUCGAGGAAUAUAAAAAGAUAGAAAUCGCAAAACAAACGGUGAAAGCCAAGAAAUUACAAGAAGAACUUAUUAGUGGGAAGAUGGAGGAAGGAGGGUCAGACGACGAGGACAAAUACGCUGACGCAGCGAGCAUGCCGGGGACAAACUUCGACAGCAAACAAAGGAUCACGGUCCGUAACUUGAGGAUCAGGGAGGAUACCGCGAAAUAUUUACGUAAUUUGAACCCGAACUCUGCUUACUACGACCCGAAGACAAGGUCGAUGAGGGAGAAUCCUUACGAGGGGAGUGGAAAGGCUGCGGCUGAGGGUGACUUCGCUGGCGAUAACUUUGUCCGACACACGGGCGAUACACACGCGAUGGCUCGCACGCAAAUGUUCGCAUGGGAGGCGGGAGAUCGAGGGGUCGAAGUUCAUCUACAAGCCGACCCCACGAGGUUGGAGAUGCUACAGAAGUCGUUCCAUGUGAGGAAGGAUGAGUUCAAGAAAGACGAACAACAAUCAAUCCUGGCUAAGUACGGGGGGUUGGAACAUCUCGAUGCACCUCCCAAGGAAUUGUUGCUCGCACAAACUGAAGAUUACGUUGAAUACUCGCGACAAGGAAACGUCAUCAAAGGGCAAGAGAAAGCGAAAACUAAGUCUAAAUAUAUUGAAGAUGUUUAUGUUAAUAACCAUACUCACGUAUGGGGAUCAUACUGGCAAGCUGGUGUUUGGGGCUACGCGUGUUGUCACUCAACUGUUAAACAAAGUUAUUGCACGGGAGAAGCGGGGAAGGCUACGAAGAAGAUAGAAAUACCAUUAACUACUAACAAUGAGAAUAAGAAAGAAACAAAGUUGGAGAAAUUGGAGAAGAAACAUUCAGCGUGGACGAAAGCGCUCGGCAUUGAGCACAAGGUCCAGGAAGAUGGUGGUGGGGGUAGCGAGGGUGACGGGGGUGACAGGGGUGACGAUAUGGAGGGUGAGGAGGGGACAAGUGGGGAAGAGGAUCAACCAAAGUCUCUUCUACAGCAACAUAGAGAGAAAUUAAAAGAAGACAUGAAGGAAAAAAAGAGAAGAAAAAAGAGAGAGAAGAAGAAAAAGAGAAGAAAGCAAAAAAAGAGAAGUUCAUCAAGCAGUGACUCGGAUUCUGACGCACCACCGGAACAAAAAAUACGAAAGAAGAUGCUCGGUGAAGCGGAACAAGAGAAACUUGAGAAGGAACGAAGGUUGAAACAGGCUGUUGACAAAGAGAAGCAGCGCGUGAAAAGAGUGAAUGAAAUAAUGAAGUUGGAUGAACGUGAUCGUCCAUACAAUAGCAUGGCUGAUAUCAGGGAACCAACCAAGGAUGAAAUGGAAGCUUAUAUGAUGAAGAAGCAAGAUGCUGACGACCCAAUGGCUAAGUUUAUUUCUAAGUGAAACGCAUCUGGAAACACUACUGGUUUUUCACUUAUCUGGAAACACUACCGUUUUAUGGUUUUCACUUGGAAACACUGCUUGGUUUUUGAUCCUGAAACACUGCUUGGUUUACUAUUUAUUCACUGGAAACACUGUUGAAACAUUUUCACUGGAAACACUUUAUCAGCUUAAACCUUUUAUUACAAACAAUAGAUAUCAUAUUUUUACUAAAAUAACGACAAUUACGACCAAACUCGCAUACUCCCAUCUGACCCCCCGCUUAACAUAAAUUGACCCCCGAUGUCAAAGGUCACGGCUUGCACAGCGUCGUCGUGACCCGCUAGCAUUGUGACAUCACUCGUACCAACUUCAACCAUCUUUAUCGUUCCGUCGUUACUAGCAACGGCCAGGAGGUGGCCUGCAAAUGUUUUUAAUUAAAUUUUGAUGAAAUUUGAA